AUAUUUCUACUGUUCUUCCUUGUAAAAAGCUAUUCUACUCUUGUGCUCUCUGGUUUCCACCUUUAAUAUUAGUUCCUUUAACUCCGAAAUUAUUUACAAUACUAAUCGAUUCCAUUGAUUGUUUUCUAUUUCAAUAUGAACGACAGUUUAAACUUGAAGGAAUAAUAAAUUUUCUACAAUAAGGAAAAUCAAGCUUACGGUUUAUUCCAUAUUUGGUAUUUGAUUCAUUUCAACACCUUUUUUGGAACGUUUACACUGACGAAAAUAUGAGUUUACUACUGGAAGAGGAAGAGGUUGAUGGUUACAGUGAUGGAACAGUUUGUCUCAGAAAUCCACACAUCGAGUUAAUGGAUCAAGAUAUCCUUUAUCAUUUAGCCUUGGGAAGCGGCUCACAUGAUCUUGUUGAAAUGUUCGGAGAUGUAAAGUUCAUAUGCAUGGGAGGAACACCGAAAAGAAUGGAAAAUUUUGCUUAUUUUAUAAUGGAAGAAAUAGGUCACAAGCUUCCAACAGGAACGACUUUGUCAAAUAUCACACAAUAUUCAUAUCGCUAUUCUAUGUAUAAAGUUGGUCCUGUUCUAUCAAUUAGUCAUGGAAUGGGAGUAUCAUCAUUAGGAAUACUCCUUCAUGAAGUGAUAAAACUAAUGUACCACGCAAGGGUAAAAGAUCCAUUAUUUAUUCGAAUUGGAACGUGUGGAGGAAUCGGCAUAGAAGGCGGGACAGUAGUUAUAACAGAAGAAGUUGUUGAUGGAAUGCUGAAAUCGUACUUUGAAGUGCCAGUACUGGGUAAAAUGCUCCGAAGGCCAGCAAAAAUAGAUAAACAAUUAACACGGGAGUUGAAAGCUAUGGCUCACGAAGAUGAUCCAUAUGAAACAGUAGUUGGGAAAACAAUGUGUACAAAUGAUUUUUACGAAGGUCAAGGUCGUCUUGAUGGUGCUUUUUGUGAAUAUACGGAAGCCGAUAAAAUGGAAUAUCUUCAAAAACUACAAAAAGCUGGAGUGAUAAAUAUAGAAAUGGAAGCAUUAGCAUUCGCAGCACUUACACAUCAUGCAGGAAUCAGAUCUGCAAUUGUGUGUGUUACAUUAUUGGAUCGAUUGAAAAGUGAUCAGCUUAUGGCACCUAAAGAAGUCUUAGAGGAAUGGCAAAAACGACCUCAAGUUCUCGUUGCUAGAUAUAUCAGAAAGUACCUGCAAACUAAAGGUCGCUUAAUUUGCGAAGGCCAUGGAUCUAUAGCUGUUAAAAGUCCACGUCGCUUUAAACUUGUUCAACAAGAGUCAGAAAACUAUGACUGAACUGCCAGUUAUUUAAUACAAUGUAUUUAUCAAUUUGUUAUUUCGUUUAAUCUAAUUGUAAGAUUACAUCAUUAUAAAAUCUGUAUUAAUCGAAUUCUUGAGAAAAAAAUGUUUAUUCAUGGUAUUCUUAACAAAUUUUUACAGUAUAAUUAUAAAAGUGAAUAAGACAUAAAAUUUAUAAACUUGAAAAUAAAGCAUCGUUGGUAAAAAAUAAUUAUCAAAGCUUCGUAGUUAAAGAAUUUUUUCUCAUGAUAGUGGAGAAAGAAUUUUCGUUGGUUGCAUUCUUUAUGGGAUAUUUGAGUACAAAUGAGUGCCGAUUCAUAUUUCAAAUCGUUACGAAAAAAAUUACAAAUAGUCUAAAAAUAAGAUGAAACAUUUAAAAAUAUCAAAUUUCUCUAUAUAUCGAGAACUGUUUAAUGGUUUUAAGCUAUGAUGCAGAAUUUUCGACACAUCAAGAGAAUUGUUAAUGUAAUUUGAUGUUAUAUAUCUAAAGAAACGAAUCGGGUUAUAAACGAGUCUCUAUAAAAAAUUGUAAUCAACAUAGUGAGUUUACUGAAGAUAUAGUAAAAAUUAUUUAAAAUACUUUGAAUUGAACUUUGGUAAAUUAUCAAUCUCCUUUUGUGGUAAAUCGUUAACUCUUUCUACAAGAAAAAAAGGUUCUGUAAGAUUGUACUAAAGAAUCUUUUAAAUUUUACUACAAAUGUUUAUUUAUGGAUCAAUAACUAAACUACAUUUAUACAUUUGUUUUUAACAAAAAACAUUACAAUUGUUGUCUGCGAAUGCUGUGAUAACAUCUAAAGUUUUUACAAGUAUUUCCAGUAAUAAAACGAUUCUCAGUCUUGUCGAAUGAACUUUAUCGAAUCAAAGAAAUAGAAGUUAAAAUUGUCAUUGCACCUCAUUGCAUUCCAGAAUAACUAUAGAUAAUUUACUUGUUUAAGAUUAAGCAUUCAAUUUUCCAAUAAAUUUUGAUUAUAUAUUUUUAUCAAUAAAAUACAUAUCAAUACAAAUAUUAUCUUCUUGAUAUUUUGGUAUAUUAAUAGCAACUUAGAAUGUAACUAUUUCACAAUUCUACUACUGUUCUAAAAUGAAUAAACAUUGUUAAAAAGGAGAAAUCAUAAAACUUCUGAAGAAACCUUAUAAACAAAAUAAAUGAACAAACGUGUAAUUAAGAAAUAGCAUAUACUACAGAUAAAUACUCUAGUAAACUGAAACUUUUUAUGAAAAUCUUUUGUUUUCAUUCGAUAAUAAAUCUAUUUUGUAAAUGAAUUAAAAAACGAUCUUCAAUGAAUUUGAAAUCUUGGAAUGACAUGCAUCAAUGGAAUGAGAAUAUUAUCGUUAAAUAAUAAAUAAUUAAUGUAAAAAUGAAAUAAAUCCCAAUGCCACAUGUUUACAUUUUAUUAGCGGCCUUUUUUCAAUUGACUAUCUUAAUACUCAUUUUAUAAUGAAUGUCCAUUUUAGUAUUUUCAGAUUUUGUUUUUAAAUAAAAAUCAUUUUUAAUAAUAUACAUCAAUUAAAAAGAAUAUUUUCUACUUAAAUAAUUAUUUAUAACAUAUUGAAAAAUAUAAUAAGUUCAAGAUUACACGUAAUUAAACAAACAUUAUGUGUAAAAGUUAUAUUGAGCUCGUUUCAAACUAACGAUGUUUACCAUAUUCUAUAACCGUUGCAUUUAAUAUCAAAUUUUGAACUUCUAAGCCAUAAUACUUCUGCUAAAUUACGAUUCAUUAUUUAUCGUAACAAGAGAAUUAUAAAAAUAGCUCAAUAUAGCAUAAUAAUAACAAUAAUAUAAAAUGAAUUAUUCCAUGCGUAAUUGUUUAUAAGUAAUUUGACAUAACUAUCGUAUUUUGAAAAAAAAUUUAUCACACGAAACUGUUCAAUUUUAGCACUUUAAAAAGUUCUUAACGUUUAAUAAUAUCCAUGUAACAACAUUCGAGUGUUAUAUUAUGUACACUAUAUAUAGCAAAAUAACUUGACACUGAUUCUUUUUUACAUACACGUGAUACGUACUCAGUACAAUAUUUGAGAACAUUGGCAUGAUAAUAAAAAAUAAUGUAUGAUACUCUUGUAAGAAAUGUGAAAAGUAAUGAAUAGAAGAGAUGACUAUUUCGAUUGAAACUAAUGGCAAUGUUUAUUAUUCAUUGAAAAAUAUGAAAUUCAAAAUAUUCUUUUAUUAUUGUUCCUUAUUUUAAUGAUAGUAAGCCAUAAUUAUAUUUGAAAAAAGGCUUACGUGAUAUAUAUAUUAUAAAAAGAAAGAGAUAAGAUAAGAACAUCUUAACGAGGUGUAAAAUGCUAGACUAAGGGAAACAUAUACAAAAAUGAUUAUUAGUAUUUUAUGAAAUUGUUCAAAAAAAAACUUUUUAAUAUUGGUAUUAGUAUUAAUUUAGAAAAACUUUAAAAAUGAAAAUGUAAAAUUCAUAACUUAGAAGAUAAGUAGGAAGGGAAAACUUGUAAAAAAACUAGAAAUAGUUCAGAUUUCUACAAUUUUCAAAAAACAAUAAUAAACAUCUCUAUAAACUUCAGUCAUGCAACUUAAUGGAUAUAACUAUAUCAAAACAAUGUCGGUGCUUUUCAGCGGUCUAUGUGCUACCCGGAAAGUCCAUAUGCCUAACUUCCUAGUAAAAAGGUUGGGAAGACUGAUUUUGCUUUCAAAAUUACUUAUUAUUAUUAUCAUAACUAGUAUAAUUGUAUUACUUAUAAUUAUCAUUAGGAGAUCAGGCUCAAAAAUUUUGUCUGAAUCACAAAAAUGAUUGCACGAUUUUUUUUAGUUUUUUGAUUCGGCACAGAAAAUGCUGCUCCGAUUCUACUGAAAUCUUAAUCAGUUUUAAGUUGCGUAAUUAUGCAUUGAAUGCAAUUAGUCCCACGUCAAUAUUUUUUGUUUUCCAAAAAGUCAAGAUAAAAAAUAAUUCUGAACGCACAUACGUACAUGUACACACUGAUGUCUACUCAAAAACUGUUGUAUUAGACUCCACAGACCUAAAAACGUAGAGAUUUUUCAAAAGUCGGGAUUCGCAAAAUAGGACUCGUUACAAUAACUUCUCGCUGGGAUGCUAAAAAUCCUUAGUGAUUAGCUGCAGUAUCUAAACGAUGUUUUAAGAUCAUUUUUGAUCACAGAUACACUACGUUAUCUGAAACUCAUGGAAGUACUUAUCAACAUUGUUCUAGUAGGUUAUUUGACUCAGUAAAUCAAUAAAUAAGAUGUUGAUAUAUUUAGGUUGAUAUGAAAAAAUGUACUGCGUUACAUGACAUACUUAUGUAAAGUAGUAAGAAACAUUGUAUGUGGUGAUGUAUUAAAUACAAAAUAUUGUUAAUUGAAUGAAUAAUAAAUAUGUUUACACAUC